CCGAGCUCUCGCCUGCUUCACCCGAUGCCUGGCGACGAGAGAACGUCGUCUGCUUUUUCCCUCCAUCAUCACCGCUCACCACCUCGCGCGACUCCAGGUUGCAGCUCCCGUCUUCCUGCCCAUCGGCCUUGUAUCUCGCCAGCGCCUCUCUAUAGGCUCAUAUUCUCCUCUCUAGGAGUAUACCCAGCCAAAUCGGCCUGUCUUGCUCUGUGCCAGUUGCUGGCUGCUGUUCGACCAAGAUAGCCCAAGCCCGUUGGGACGGUCGCCCCGCCCUGUAGGCCCCGCGCACCCAGCCCGUCUCCACCCUGUCUCGUCGUGCUGCCGACUGAGCUCAGUUUCUAUCCACAUGACUCUGCCUGCUAUCGCCUGUGGGGAUACUACUGGGGGCCUGCUCUUGCUACUGGCCCAACCUUAAAUAUCUGGCUCCCUCGCUUGCUGUUACUGCAGCUUCUGCUUCUACGGCUCCGACUACUACCGCUUGUCAACUGUUGAGACUGCAGGGUUCACUACUAGCCGUUGCAAUCACCUCCUCAAGGGUGAGGGCAUGGCUCUUGAGGAGAUCCGAAAGCUUGAGAAUUUGACGUUAGAUCCGAAUAUUACGAGUUCACCAGGGUUAACAGAGAAUGGCCAUGGCCAUGGACGUGGACAUGUACCAACCCCGGAUGGCAAUAAUGCCAGGCGAGCUUCACAUGAAGUUGCCCACUCCAGCCGCCAGCGUACCGGUGGGCUCGAAGGAAGCGAUGGUGCUUUAAAUGACGCCCAUGUUCCGACUCCUCCCAUCCCUGUGCCUUGCCCUGAAGACCAUCAUUACAGAGCAGGCGCUCCUGAUGAUCUGGAAUAUACCCAUAACCCUCGCUAUAUUCAACCAUCGCCACUCGAGCAAUUCGCUCGAAAUGAUCAACCCUCGAUUAGCCACAACGCUGAUUACUCUGUUGAGCCUGGAAGCCGGAACCAACUGGAAAAUGCAUCCAUCUGUCCGAGGCUCGAUGUCGACGCGUGCGUGGAUAGAUUAUCCCACGAGAAACGCGAUUCUGGAAGCUCCGCAAAUGCGCUUCCAAUUGGCUCGCCUCACUGUGACUUUUUCUCCCCGUCCGUAGUGACUUGUGGGGGUGACGCUGGGCAAGCUGGGGAACGUCCUACUUCUCUCACCUCUCUAUCCACCGCCUCACCUGCCACUGAUGAAGUGCGUACUCCACCAGAAGCAACCAGAGACAUACUUCUGUCGCCUUUCUCGGCUUAUCCUAGGAUCUACCGGCCUGCAUCAUUGGAUGAUGGGGGCGCAUGGUCUAACUUUGUACCUCAGCCAUUUGGGAGCCGAUCUAAAAGCUAUACUCUAGGCCGGGAUGGCAGUUUACGACACAACCUAUCUCAUGAUUCUGGCCGUUCUACCAACUCAAGCGGUAAGUCUCCAGCCAGCACGUUUCUGUCCCUCUGGAGCCGUGAGGAGGUUCCUCCGAAACCUGAUGAUGAGGGUCAGGUUGUAGGAACAGACUACGUGAUAGGCAAGCAAAUCGGAUUUGGAGGCUUCAGCACAGUGAAGGAAGCAUUUAAGGUUCAUGGGGAGGGCGGACCAGAACGGUCGGCUGUUAAGAUUGUCAAGAAACACCUCGCUGGUCAAAGUGAAAGAGAAAAUGAGCAACUCCAAGCCGAAUUCGACCAUGAAGUACGCAUAUGGCGAUACCUAAACCACCCCCACAUUCUGCCACUCGAAGCAGUUUACGAAACCGAUUAUGCUACAUUUUGCUUUACAAGAUUAACCACAAGGGGCACUCUGUUUGACUUGGUCCGCAGACAUCGCCAAGGCCUUGAAAUGAAUGUUGCCCGAAGCUAUGCAUACCAAUUAGCAUCCGCUAUCAGAUACUUGCAUGAGGAUGCACGUGUUGUCCAUCGAGAUAUCAAACUGGAAAACUGCCUUUUAGACGCAGCAACGUCUACAGAACAUGGAGAUGUGGCCCAGCUGAUACUAUGUGACUUUGGGAUGGCAGAAUGGUUGACAUCUGAAAACGGCGGUGGAAGCUCACCUGAUCCGUACGAUAAUGCCGCGGAUCGCCCUCCCCCCAAAGCCAUAGGUCCUUCGGAUACAAGUACUAGCGUUGCCGGAAGCCUGGAAUACGCUUCUCCAGAGCUGCUAUCAUCCGUGAAUGGACUCAUUGAUCCAAUUGUGGAUAUCUGGGCUUUUGGAGUCGUUGUUUUUUCUUUGGUUGUUGGCUCACGGCCCUUCCAGGACUCUUUUAAACCACGGAUCAAACUCAAUAUUAUGCAAGGUCGUUGGGACAGCGCUUCUGUUCUGAAAGGUCGGGGUGAUCAACAGGACCGGCAGAACGCAUUGGAGCUAAUCCAGGGCUGUCUGGAGAUGGACACGAUAAAGCGAUGGACCAUCCGAGAGGUCUUACAAUGCCGCUGGUUUCAGGGGUGUUCUAACAGCACAGAUCAUGCUGGUGAUGCUCCGCAAUGGAGAUUUUAGGCCCUGCCUUCUACCCAUCGUGAUUGCGUUCGUUAUGUAUGGGAUAUGACGAUAUGUUACGAUUGUUUUAUGACGGUUAUGUAAGGAACCACCAAGGUGUUACGCAAAGUGUAUCAAGUGUAUGGUGUCCUUGGUGGAUUUAUUUUUGCAUGCACGUUUAUUAUAUCCCUUUAUUGUCUUAGCGUUCGUAUUUGAUACCCCGUGACUCUCAUUAACCAAAAGUGUGUCGCAUCUACUUAUUAUAUACCUCUCUGCGUUCGUUUUGCUUUUCUGGUUUCUUAUGUCUAGCGAGCUCAGGAGGGGUAGGCCUUUUCUGUUUGAUGGUUUGGCGUCCAUGCACGAUUUCUCCCAAUUGCUACGCUGCAUAGGCUAUGACGAUUUUCCUUCUAUUUUCUUUCUUUCUCUUCUUUUUUUUUUUUUUUUUUUUUUUUUUUUUUUUUUUUUUGCCGUUUGGCAGAUUACGUCCACUUCACUUAGCAUUGAUGAAAUUGAACCGCGUGAGGGUUGGCUGGGGUUUUAAGAAUUUUUUUUCUUUCGGUAUUUGAUUUAGCAUCCGGUUUUCUUUGCAUAUUUAUCUCAUUAUCCUAUCCCAUUUCAUUUGUGAUCGGGACUCUCACCACCUCUCAUACAUCUCAGUCCUUGUGCUGAGUUGUGUAUUACUAUCGAAUCAAACCUUCAGUUCCCCUCUAUUCUUCCUUCACCACUUUUCCCUUUCCCUUUUCCCGUUUCCCCAUUUUCCCACAAUCAUGUUUGCACCGCUAUUUCUUUCGGAAAUCGAUAAACUCCAAUGCAGGAACAUUCUCAUCACACUACUAGUGAAAACCAGAAGCCAUUCUUGAUUUUGGCCGAGCGGGGCGAACAGCUUAUGUAUUACCAUGCAGAAUUCAUUUUCACGGGGCCUAUAGGAGGGAAAUUGGCAAGGGUGAUGGCAAUAUUGUAUCUCGAGACUUUACACUCACCCCACUCGAUCUUUCACUGUCCUCCUUUGACUUCCGCCCCCAGCUUUUAUUCGCUCCAGUGUUUUUUUCCGUUUCUCCGCUCCAGUGGUGACUUCUUGUUGUCAUGGUUUGAAAUGGGGAUUAUAUUUUCUUCUCCUUCUUCUCUUUCUUCUCUGCACCGCUCUCGUCUCAUUCUACAAAUAGUCCACUUCUAUUUGACCCUCCACUUUGCCACACAGAUUGCUAGAUUUCGCUUCCACGAUACCUUUCUUCCCCUCCUUUUGAGAAAGGGCUUCUCUUUGCCCCUUUCUUCUCCCCUUUGCUUUUUAUCCCAGCACUGGCGUUUUUUGCACGUGGUACUCGUUCAUAUGGGCGAUCUCCCUUACUUGAUGGGCGUGAUAAUGUUGAUAAUAUGAUGUAAGCGGGGGUGUUGUUAAAAAAAAAGGAUUUAGGGGGGUGGAAAAAGGGUUACAAUGUAUGUUAACAUAAUUAGGCUGUUAAUGAGUUCGAAUAAUUGCGAUGAAUUGCUUCUGAAAAAGUCUGCUUAUGGAAGCCAAAUUUUAUGAGAAGUUUUGCCAGUAUCAAGACCCUUUUUCAACACGCCCGGAAAGGGAAGGGUAAUAUCCGCAACUAGCGAAAGUUGUUUGAGUAGGAAUAAGAGGGUCGGAAAAGGAGCUAUUUGCCCUUACAGCACAUGAAUAAGCCUUUGCCAAAAUAUAACCUAAAUAAACCCAUUUGAGGAAUUUGUUUCUCUAGUAUACAGUAAAAACCAAACAAGGCAAUGCAGAAUCAAA